AAAAACUACCCUCAAAUAUUAAAAUCAUAUCUUAUGCAGAUGACAUUGUUAUUUUAUGCAGUGGGUACCAGAUAGAAAAUUUAAUUGAACAAAUUAACAAAGCUCUAAGUCAACUCCAGGUUUGGUUUGAAAAACAUAAUCUCACGAUUUCUAGCAACAAAACUCAAGCCGUUAUAUUUAGAAAAGGAAAUUCCAAAAAAAUAACAGGCAAUACAAAAUAUAAUAAUAACAACAUCACAUGGACAAAGGAGGUAAAAUACUUAGGGAUAAUAUUGGAUCAUAAUUUAAAUUUUAAUAAACAUACAACGUAUAUUAUAGAUAAAAUUAAAAAAAAUAUGAAUAUCAUGCGUGCAUUAUGUGGUACCUGGUGGGGCGCAGACCCUAACACUUUGCAUAAUAUAUAUAAAAGUCUAAUUAGAACUCAUUUAGAUUACGGAUGCCAAGCAAUCAGUCCCCUAAGCAAAAGUAAUAACAACAAAAUGAAAAAAAUACAAUACCAAGCCCUAAGAAUAAUAACAGGAUGUAUGAGAUCAACCCCGAGAACAGCUUUACUAGCAGAAUGCGCAGAAAUGUCAAUUGAUUACAGAAAAAUAUGGUUAACAAUUAAAUAUUUAACAAAGGUUUAUUCAAUAAUAGAUCAUCCUAUCCAAAAUAUAAUUGAAGACCUUCAUGAAUAUUGUACAUUAAAAGUUAAUUAUUGGAAAAACAGAGAGGAACCAAUAAUAAUUAAAACAUACAGGGAUUUUUCACAAUACUUUAAACAGAUUAAAAAAUUAGAUAAUAUACCAUUUUUUGUAUAUGAAUACGAUCAUCAAAUGCAUACUUUAGAUUACAAGAAUUUAAAACUAAAAAAGGGUGUAGAUAACAAUAACGAAUUCAAAUACCUAAUAGAACAAUCAUAUUCGGAUUAUUGUCAAAUUUUCACAGAUGGAUCUCUAGAUCCUGUCGAAGAAAAAGUGGGUGUGGGUGUAUUCAUACCACAAACUAAUUACUCCUAUCAUGAUAGCCUCCCCAAAUUUACACAAAUAUGCACAGCAGAAAUCGUUGCGAUAAAUAAAGCUUGUAGUUACUGCCUGAUAAACAAUAUCAAAAAAGCGGUAAUUUUCUCCGAUUCUCAGGGCGCCUUGGAAAAAAUAACUUCUUACAAAAAUUAUAAAAGAAAAGAUUAUAUCACGAUUCUAACAAAAGAAAUGAUCAUUAAUUCUAAUAAUAAUGGAACAUGUAUUGAAUUAGCAUGGAUUCCGGGACAUACUAAUAUUCUAGGUAAUGAAAAUGCAGAUUGGCUAGCAAACUUAGGGAAACAUUUUGCAGUCACCAACAACAUUCCACUAGAUAAAAAUGACAUUUUGAUUGCAUGCAAAACAUUCCUUAAUAAUAAAUGGCAUCAUUUUUGGGAAAACGAGUUGAAAAAUAAAGGUAAAUGGUACUCGGGGGUACAGUAUAGGUUCCCCAAAAAACCGUGGUUUCAAUCAUUCCCAUACUUUAACAGAAAUCACUGUUCUACAAUGAUACGUAUGCGUACUGGUCAUUGUCUCACCGAAGCACAUAAAUUCAAAAUUGGUGUUAAUGAUAGCCCAGAAUGUGAAUGUGGCCAAAUAGGUGAUUUAGAUCAUAUCAUUUUUGAAUGUGAAAUUAACAAAAUUCCAAAUAUUGACAUAUAUUAUCUAAUUGCCCAAGCGUGUAAUACACCAACCCCGAUUAAUGUAAAACUAAUAAUGAUGAAUUUGACUGUAGAAGGAUCAAUAAUUCUAAUGAAUUUUUUAAAUACC